AUCACAAUUUAGUUGUGUGUCUGACUUCAAUACGUUUUGAACAAAAUAUAAAAAAGUUAUAAUUGCAUCAGCAUUCUCAGUGCCUUUUCAAGUUUGAUAAAUAUUAUAUAAUUAGAACAAUAUGUGGCCCAAGAGUCCACGUAUUCGCCAAAACAAUCCAUCUGGGUUCACCUCAAUCCAGCAGAAGGCUUCUCCCAGGGCUCUUUAUUCCAAGACGCUCACCGCUAGCCAGUUGAAGAAACGCCAUAGCUAUGGACAACGUAAUCUCAAGAAAAAUAUAGGCUUUGCCAAUAAAGAAAUCAAUAAGCAGCAGCUGGACAAAAUGUCCAAGACGGGGCUCCUAACACCCUCGUCCUCGGAUAACUCACUGGCUACCAGUGCCAGCAGUUCGGAGCAGUCCACGUACACAGUGGCCAAGUUGCCGAAGGCCAGUUUGACCCGCGAGCCCAGCUCCCUGACACCAUACUUGACCCUCAAACGCCAAAAUACGGCUUCGUUGAUCAACUUUCGGGUCCGCAAGUCGGUGUCCCAAAUGGAUUUCAAGGAGGCGCGUCGCACGGGAAACUAUCAGCUGGUGGCCCAUGUGCCGUCGCCAAGAAAAGUGAUCACAGAACAGCCGCCUUUGGGAAAAGCAGUCGAGGAAUUGGAGGCCGAUCUGGGCAAGCUAACGCUGCAGGAUGCAGAUACUCUUAUAAAGGCAGGCGACGGGCAGGUAAGUUUCCUGGUUGGCCCGGAUCAGGACGCACGUGUGGCCAGCCUGAGGAUCUUUAACACCAUUAUGCUGCAUGCCUGGCGCAAGCGUCGUCAGGAGGUGCGACAGCUCACCGAUCAGGUGGAUGACUUUAAGAAGAGUCUCGUUAAGAAUCGCAAUCAGUUACACGUUUUCAAUUCGCUUUUCUGUGUGGAACAGCGUCGCAACGGCACUCUUAAUGAUCAGCUACGUCAAUCUUAUCGGGACAAUGCCCAGAUUAAGCUCUCCUAUGAGGAUCUCAGCCUAGUGUUGGUGGAGGUAAGGACCGACAAGGAAAAGCUAGCUGAGGAGGUAGCCGCCAAGAAUAAAGACAUUGAAAACUUGGAGGAGUUGCAAAAAUCUCUGAAAAGCGAGCUCUUUCAGUUACAGAAUCAGCAGCGGGAGCAGAUGGGGCAGCUGACCCGCCUCCAAAACGAUUUUCAGGAGAGCCAACGAAUCCGAGAUGAGCUAAACCAGCAGGUUGAAUUGCUCCUAACUGAUGCGAUCUUUAAGCAAGAUUUGUUUGAAGAGCUACGCGAGAGUACAGAAAAGUUGAAAAAUCUCAAGGAAGCAUCGGAUGAGACGUACAGCAAACUGCUCGAACACACCUUACAGCUAGAAACUACGAUUCAGGAAAAAGAUGAGCAAUUGGUCAAUCUGCAGAAUUGCUUGGCCGCCACUUUGGGUCAAAGGAUCCGUCAGUGCUUUGCCCACAGCCAGGAUUAUCAGCAUGCCACCUAUCGGAUGCUCCACUUUGUGGCCCACUACAUGCUCCCUGGAACACCGCCACCAAUGGCAUCGCCUUUGAUUCCAGUGGCUGUUACUCGUUUAAAGCAACUCUUUUCCCGUUCACACAUCGAGAUUGAUUUCCAGGCCGAUAAUAAUUAUGUAAAGGAUGACAAGAAAAGCCAAAGUCAAGAAAGGUCUGGUUAAGAUAUGAGCCUUGCGUUUAUUUAGUUUUAGUUUAAUUUGGUUAAUACUGCGUUUAUCUUUUUGUCUAUUAGUUGAAGUUGCAUUUAAAAUCUUUGUUAAUGAAAUCC